GCGGGUUUUUCUAACAUGUUCCGGCUGCAUUAGUUCGUCCCAGGUGCGCGAAAACUCGAAAUAUUCAGCAUGAAGCUAAGCGUUCCCCUUAGAGCACUUUCAUGGUGUAUACUGGUAAAUAGCUUAGUUCCAUGUAGCGCGUUCUUUGAUGUAGGAAACGUAGCGGAAGUAAUGAAAACCAAUCUCGCUGCUGCGUAUAGUUACACCAAGCACAACACUUACUGCAAGGCUUUAGAAUGUUGCAGUUUGGAUUACAUCUAUUACGACCUGGAUGCGUUGGGACAGAUGCUCGAAAAGAACCUCUUCGGGCAACACAUCGCAAGGACCGUUGUUGUGGGUGCCAUCGGUGGGCACCUGAAAAACAUAGCAACUUCUGAUAAACCUCUUGUGAUAAGUUUCCAUGGUGCUCCUGGCACAGGAAAAAACUACAUAGCGGAGCAUGUGGCCAGAGCAUUGUACAAAAAAGGCAUGGAGAGUAAAUUUGUACACAAGUACCUGGGACGGAUAGAUUUUCCGCUUGAGAGUCGAUUGGAGGAGUACCGAGUGCAGCUAGUCAACGACAUUACGUCCGCGAUCGCCCAUUGUCCACAAUCGCUGUUUAUAUUCGACGAAGUCGAAAAGAUGCCACCGGGUUUGUUUGACUCGAUCGUAUCGUUGCUGGACAAUCAUGCGUACUCGAGGCAUCACGAUUAUCGGCAAGCAAUCUUCAUUUUCCUCUCGAACAUCGGGGGACCUGAAAUUGCGGAAGAGUUGAAGCAAUUGAUGAAGUCCGGAAAGUGGCGCGAGGAUACGAAAAUGCACGAUUUCGAGCGCACGCUCGAAAUUUCUGCCUACAAUCUUGAUGGUGGUUUACUCCGUAGUGAGCUGAUCGAAUCACAUGUAAUCGAUCAUUUUAUUCCAUUUUUGCCGCUCGAACAGCGGCACGUCGAAAGCUGCAUCAAGAAAGAGUACUUCAAGCUAACCGGAAGAUGGAAUAUUCAAGAAGAUUUUCUAAAUGAAAUAUUCAAGGAAGCUGUCACCAUGGACAACGAAGGUCUCUUUUCCAACAACGGCUGCAAGCGUGUGAGCAAAAAGGUUGAGGCUCUCUACUACAAUCGAUUACGCAAAAACCCUAAGGAAGAAUUAUAGUUCAGUUCGUCGUUCCUCAGCUGUCCUCCAGCGAAACAUUGCCAAGGACCAAAGUGUGAAUGCAUCUGCCAUAAGGCUUGAGGCGAAAUUGCACAACAAAUUUUGUGAGGAAUACUUAACAUCCAUUACAGAGCUAUUACCAUUUAACAAACUAACAGCUGAGACAGAGGCAUGCAUUCCUUUAAUUUCAUACAUUUUUAUUUCAUUGUUACUAAAAUAAAAGCUGUGCUGGAAGUGU